AUGCAGCAGCUGGUCCAAAUUGCCCCCACCGCCACAUGCUCUUGGGCAGCUUUAACUUGGUGCGGUCUCUUUUGGUUUUGGGAGGAAUAUUUUGGUGCUGUGCGAUCCAUCCUAGGGUGGCCAACAUUCCCAGGCGGAGUCAAGGUUUGGCUGCUGUCGCCUUUGCUUGCCUGGAGAGGAGAAGGAAGACAACGGCGAGACGAUCAGGCAGCUGUAACCGUUGAUCAAAACGGAAAGGAAAAGCGAAGAAGGAAAGAAGAGCAGCUGGGCGUAGUUAUUAGUGAAGCGAUCCGUGGAGGAUGGGAGGACGAAUGCAGUGAUGGACGAGUAAAGAAAAGCAGAUGGAGAAAAGUGACGGCGAGGACAGACGCGGACGCGGACGCGGUGAUAAAAUGGAGCGGCGUAGAUAGAGUAGCAGCAGUACUAGUACGAGUGGCCCACGGGGACUGGGGGCAGGCAGAGAAGAUAGGGGCGUGGCGUCCAAAGGAACUGGGGCUGGGGAAGCACAAGCAUCUUGAUGGGGCCAUGAGGCACAAGCUGCUCAAGGAUGUUUCCAAAAUGAUAACCUCGGGGUCGAACGGGAUUUCCAGCGAGAAAUCUAGUAGAUCAAAGUCCAGGAAUCUUGCUGCCAGAUCAAAAAUCAAGGAUGCUUUCUCCUUUGUUGAGCUAAACAAUGACACAUCCAAAAAGAGAGGAUCUCAUACACAAAGAUAUCAACUAAAGGACUUGUCAUGGAGAUCAACGGAUACUGCUGUUGAUGGGAAGGAGAGCCAAGGCCAGGAAGUAGCACAAGAGGAGAAUCCCAAGUCCUGUGAACUUGAAUAUGGAAGCUAUUGCCUCUGGUCUGUUGAGCAUAAGGAAGAGAUGAAAGAUGCUAUUGUGAAGAGGCUUAAAGAUCAACUGUUUAUGGCCAGAGCCUAUUAUCCUAGUAUUGCAAAACUGAAGCACCAGGAAAGAUUUACACGUGAGUUGAAGCAACAUAUCCAAGAACACGAACGCAUGCUCAGUGACACCAUUGCAGAUGCUGAUCUUCCACCAUUUUUCACAAAGAAGCUAGAGAAAAUGGAAGGCACAAUUGAGAAAAUCAAGUCUUGUGAAGUAGGCUGCUCCAAUGUUGAACGGAAACUUAGGCAGCUACUCGAUCUAACUGAAGAUGAAGCUUAUUUCCAUACAAGGCAGAGUGCAUUUCUCUAUCAUCUCGGGGUCCAGACUAUGCCAAAAACUCACCAUUGUUUGAGCAUGAGAUUGACAGUAGAGUAUUUCAAAUCUGUAUCUCCUCAAAGGGAGCUAUUAAAUAAGCAGAAAUUUGAAGACCCUGCCUUCUAUCACUAUGUAAUGUUCUCCAGGAAUGUACUUGCAGCUUCGACUACUAUCAAUUCAACAGCCAUGAACUCCAAGGAUUCUGGCAGCGUUGUUUUCCAUGUAUUCACCGACACCCAGAAUUUUUAUGCAAUGAAGCAUUGGUUUGACAGGAACUCAUAUUUGGACGCUAAUGUCCACGUGACUAACAUUGAGGAUCACAACAAGCUCUCUAAGGAUGUUGAAUCUCUUGAGAGGCAACAAUUAUGGCCUACAGAGGAAUUUCGUGUCACGUUUCGUAAUCAUUCUCAGCCUCUCCGGAGGCAGAUGAAAACUGAGUACAUAUCUGUUUUUGGCCAUUCACAUUUCCUCUUGCCUGAUCUUCUUCCUAGCUUGAAUAGAGUAGUUGUUCUAGAUGAUGAUAUGAUUGUCCAGAAAGACUUGUCAUCUCUUUGGAACCUCAAUAUGGGAGACAAAGUAAUAGGUGCUGUACAGUUCUGUGGAGUUAGAUUAGGUCAGUUGAAAGCUUAUGUAGAGGAAAACAAUUUCGACGCGGAUUCAUGCGUGUGGUUCUCUGGUCUGAAUGUAAUUGAAUUGGAGAAAUGGAGAGAUCUUGGCAUUACCAGCUUGCAUGAUCAAUCACUUCAGAAGGAUAGUUCGGUAUCACAUAGACUUGAAGCACUCCCUACAGGUUUACUUGCCUUUCAAGACCUGAUAUAUCCUUUGAAAGGUUCAUGGGUUCAGUCCGGUCUUGGAUACGAUUAUGGAAUUAGCCGUGUCGAUAUAGAAAAGGCGGCUGCUCUGCACUACAAUGGUGUCAUGAAACCUUGGCUUGAUUUGGCAAUACAUGAUUACAAGAGCUACUGGAGAAAGUAUAUGACUAAUGGGGAGAGGUUCAUGGCAGAAUGCAAUAUACAUUAA